AUGAACCCCCUGACGAAGGUGAAGCUGAUCAACGAGCUGAACGCGCGGGAGGCAGAGCUGGGCGUGCAGGAGGCGGUUUCGUGGCACGCGGAGUACAAGGACAGCGCCUGGAUCUUCGUCGGCGGGCUGCACUACGAGCUGACGGAGGGGGACGUCAUCUGCGUGUUCUCACAGUACGGGGAGGUCGUCAACAUCAACCUGGUGCGGGACAAGAAAACCGGCAAGUCCAAAGGCUUCUGCUUUCUGUGCUAUGAGGACCAGAGAAGCACCAUCCUUGCUGUUGACAACUUCAAUGGGAUCAAGAUCAAAGGCAGGACGAUCCGAGUGGACCAUGUGGCCAACUAC